AUGCCAACUACUUUACAACCCGCUGUGCUUGUAUUGGAAGACUGCUUGUCCGGUCUGAUUUUAAGUACGCCAACUAUCUUACAACCCACUGUGCUUGUAUUGAAAGAUUGUUUUUCCGCACCUCCCCGACAGUAUAUUGUAGUUCAUGAUAUGAUUACCUCUGCAUACUUACAUGAAGUUCAUAAUAGCAAACGAUUAUCAACGAUAAGAUAUUUUUGGCAGAUUAAUAAACAAAGUAUUACUGAAUUAUCAGAUGAAGAAGAGGAUGGAAUUGUAGUAACAAAUAAUAACUUAAACGAUCAUGAAGAGGAUGGAAUUUCGGUAACAAAUAAUAGCUUAAACGAUCAUGAAGAGGAUGGAAUUGCGAUAACAAAUAAUAACUUAAACGAUCAUGAAGAGGAUGGAAUUGCGGUAACAAAUAAUAACUUAAACGAUCAUGAAGAUGAUGAUAUUAGAAAUCCUUUUUUGGAAUUGGAUAAAACUUUAAUUUCUGUCUCUUCUAUUAAUCAAUCAUCCCUCAACAAUAAUUCUUCGGAAGUAGAUAGAUAUUAUCAAGACAAUGAUCUUUUUCUAGAAUUAUCCCCAAUUUCUUCCGAAAAUCAAUUACUUCAUGACAAUGAUACUUUUUCUAUAUUAGAUAAAAAUACAUUCAAUAAUAACAUUUCCAAACCAUUUAUGUAUUCUUCAUGUGAUCCAGUAACAUUUAAAUGCAUUCUUGAAUCUGGCGAAAAUUUCACUGAUAUAUGGAUCAAAUAUUUAUCUAAAAUAAAUAUGCAUUCAUGGAGAGUGGAGAAUGAUAAUAUCGUAAUGGCUUUUCAAAAUAAAAUACUCAAGUCUGUGUUUAAAAAAAAGCUGGGAACAAAUACGCGGCCAAAAAUUAAAACUCGCAGAAGAAAGUUUAAUUGA